UACAUUGUAGUGUAAGUUGAUGACAGAUGUCCUCAAACUUUCCCCGUACCUUUGGACAUGAUAUGUUAUUUCAUACAGGCGUUGUCUAUUAAAGAAGACGUGCAAGGCGAAAUCAAAGUGAUUAUUACCAUUUAAACUUGCAAUUAAUCGCAGUAUACUUAAACCUCUGGAUAAUAUGUAUUCAUGUUGAUGUUGAAUGAAUAAAUAUUCAGUGGGUGUAAGGAAUAUAUUAAAUAAUAUCAGAAAUAAGGGACGAGUAAACAAAUUGGAAACAUGGAUGGCUCAACAACUUCUUACAAUGACGUUCAUUCACACCUUGACGUUUACAACGUUUCGUCAAACAUGAAUGAUAGCCAUGGGGCACAUGUAUACUAUGACGAAAACUAUGAUGGAUUCUAUGACGGAUAUUACGAAUACGUGUAUGACGACCAUCUCUAUGAAAUAUUCAAUUUUGAGCUUCCCAUUUAUGGAUAUAUUUGGCCUGUUCUUGUUUUAUUCACAACGUGUUGCAACUUCAUUGUGAUUGGUGGAUUCUUGCGCAAACGCAUGCGCAAUGCGACUAACUUGAUUUUGGUUUUCAUAGCUCUUUCAGACUCGCUUACAGGACUUGUGACGUUGCCGGCAACAUUUCAUAUUUUCACGAACAAAAAUUUUGCCCUCACAAAGGACUGGUGCAAUGUUGCUAUGAUAACUCGGCUAUAUAUUUCGCGUGCUUUUCAUACCAUAUCGGUUUGGGAAACACUGCUCCUAGCUUUUCAUAGAUUUCUGCAAAUUCGUUAUCCAAAUCUUGGUAAGCAAAUGUGCACAAUGCCUAAGACAUUAUUUGUUAUUUUAGUAAUAUACCUUGCAUCGUUUGGCUUACAUAUAUUCCAUGCAUUUGAUAUAAAAGCCGAGGAAGGAUUCUGUCAAUGGAGUAUUAGGGAACCAUGUGGCUGGGCGUGUGUUUACAUGUGGCUUACUUUACUUCUCAGCCACAUUCUUCCGUCAUUUGCACUAGUGGGAUUGGCCGUGAUUAUGAUCAGAACUCUGAAUACGUUCAAACGUGAGUCAAUUGUGAUCAAUCGUUCAGGACGACGGAAACAGACGCAAAGGAACGUAACUAUAGUCGUUAUUCUGAUUGUCGUGAUAUUCCUUGUGCCAGAACUGCCUUACGGUAUAUUUUACUUGAUCACCGUCAGUCUAAACCACUCGGAAAAAAGGAUAUUCCCGCUACGCACCAACAGGCUUAUCCACUGUAUUUAUGAACUUUUCCUCAUUGUUAGUUUUCAUCUGAACUUUUGGGUUUACUGCAUCAUGAUUCGGAGUUUUCGGUCGUGUAUCAAAAGUUUGUUACGUCUAGUGACCUGUCGACCCGCUAACUUCGAACGACUAGAAGGGGAAGUGACGUCAUCGAGUGGCGGAGGUCUAGAAUUAGCUGGAAUGACUACUGAAACAGACUCGAAUCAGAACUAAAUUCUAAACUCGCCCCAGUAAAAUAUUUCAUAAACUAUGUAGUAAUUACAAUGUAAAUAUUUUACUAAGUUUAAACAGAAAAGUGCCAAAAUAAGCUGUUUUCAUGGUUUUCCUAAGAGGUAAAUUAUCUAAUUAAUCACAGUAAUAUUCAUAUUCAUUUUAUGGGGUUUUAAUGACUUUAUAAUGAGCUUCGGAUCUGAGCAUUAUUUGCUUUGAAUAUUCAUUUUGUGAUUUUAUCAAUAUUUCUGAAGUAUAACCCAAAACUGUAUCGGUUUAAAAACAGUGUUGUACAUAUUUUGAAUAUCAGAAGUAUAUGAUACAAAAAUAUUUUAG